GGGUGCAUCGUAAUCAAGACGUUACGUACUAUCCACUGACCAAGUUUGGUCCGAAUCGUAGGGGCUCACCUGAUUCCGAAUCUUAGAUUAUAGAUUAGGAUUCACUUACAUCUAACUUGACGACCGUGAGGCGCGCAGGGUGUAAACAACAAGAGCUGAAGUGGCAGCAGUCGAUACCAAUUAAUAUUUUCAUUUCAUUUUUUGCCUGAUUGAUUUGACAAUUGCCUCAUCUGUCUGUAAAAAGCGGGAUGCCGCCGGAGCCGCCGCGGCCGCUGUCCCCCGUUGACGAUGACGGCGAUGACGGGAUGACGCCGCCGUCACCGGAGAGGGACGGCUACCGGCUGUUGGACGCCGCCGGCCGCGCAGAGGACGGCGCGCUGCCCGUGCCCGACGGCCUCAGCUCAGACGAUGACGCCAGUGACGCCGACGCUGCCGAUGAUGACGACGAGCCUCAGUCGGUGGCUGACCUGAUGGCGGCCCUGGAGCGGCACGGGGUCAACACCGUGGAGACGACCGAUGACCCGGCUGGUGACCUGCCCGACCCCUGCGCUGACCUGGUCAGUGAGGGCGCUCCGGCCGCUGCCGCCCCCAGGACCAAGGAGUCCGACCCCAGCCAGUGGCCCGAGGAAGCGAUGGAGGCGGAGCGGCAGCGGCAGAAGCAGGCGGCCCAGGAGCGGCUGGCCCUGUUCUCCACCCCACCCCGCUCCGGCCGCUCGGACGGCCCGCUCGGAGCCGACCAGGCCGAGGCCGUGCGGCGGGCCAUGCGCUCGGUGCGUCUGCCGGGGGCCGAGCGGUGGGCCAGCGGCCUGUCCGACCAGCAGUGGCGCCGGGAGCUGGACAGGGUGCUCGGACGGACGGACGGGGACGGCGCGGCGGCGUGCGGUGAGGGCGAGGGGACAGGGGAGGGCCGGGAGGACGAGCGGGGGUCGUGACCGGAGGACGUGGUGGGGGUGGUGAUUGGGGAGGGGGACUGUAUUAAACUGCGUGUUAAGACGUUUGCUAACUGCUGACGGCUGCGGCUGGUCGUCUGAGGUCGGAGGGUGAAGACUGAAGAGAGAAGGAGUAGGGAAAGGGAAGAAAAAACAUCGAGAAUUCGGAGCAGGGGUGUUGAUGGGUGGGAGACAAGACCGAGACGAUCGUGUAAUAUCCGCCUAUCGGAGCUGAUAUUGAUACUGCUAUUCAUGUAAGUAAUGUCAUUAUUCGUUCCCAAGAUGGCUAAUGUGAUAAGGACGUUUCUUUUCUAUGUUCGUCUGUAAAUCGGACGCCCCAUCUAGCGUCUACUGUAAUAGACCGUUCUGCGGGCGGGAUGUCGUUCCAAGGCGACAAAGUUGGUUAUCGGCUUAGGGAAGGUCAUAUCCACAGAUAACAGAAGUACUACUGUUAUCUGUGUCAUAUCUUAUAAAUAUAACCUCGCUUUGCAUA